UUUACGUCGAGACGUUUUGGUAGGGCAUUGGCGAGGUAAGAUGGCGGCGCCAGAGGAGCAGGAAUUGUCUCAGGCGCAGACUGAAAAACUCCUUCAAUUUCAGGAUUUGACAGGAUUGGAGUCAAUGGAGCAAUGUCGUCGCACGUUACAACAACACAAUUGGAAUAUCGAGGCUGCAGUGCAGGACAGACUGAACGAACAGGAAGGGGUUCCCAGCGUGUUUAACCCUCCGCCCUCCAGACCCUUACAGGUCAACACAGCCGAUCAUAGAGUUUACAGCUAUAUAGUCUCCAGACCACAACCCAGAGGAUUAAUAGGAUGGAGUUACUACUUAAUAAUGCUACCUUUCAGAUUUACAUAUUAUACACUUCUGGACAUAUUCAGGUUUGCCCUGCGGUGGGUCAGGCCAGACCCUCGUGGGCGUGUCACAGACCCUGUGGGGGACGUUGUCUCCUUCAUCCAUAGUUUUGAAGAGAAGUACGGAAGAUCGCAUCCAGUGUUUUACCAGGGGACAUACAGCCAGGCAUUGAAUGAUGCCAAACGUGAGCUCCGUUACUUGUUAGUUUACCUCCAUGGAGAGGACCACCAGGACACAGACCAGUUCUGCCGCACCACACUAUGUACAGAAGAGGUUGUCACCUUCCUCAACACCAGGAUGUUGUUCUGGGCAUGCUCUACCAGUAGGCCGGAGGGGUACCGAGUGUCCCAGGCUCUGCGUGAAAACACCUACCCGUUCCUAGCCAUGAUCAUGCUGAAGGACCGGAAGAUGACCGUGGUUGGCCGGCUGGAGGGGCUUAUCCUGCCCGAGGACCUCAUUAACCAGCUGAACUUCAUCAUGGAGGCCAACCAGUCCUACCUGAUGUCUGAACGCAGGGAACGGGAGGAGAGGAACCAGACACAGGUGCUGAGGGCGCAGCAGGAUGAGGCGUACCUGGAGUCACUGAGAGCCGACCAGGAGAAGGACCGAAGAAAGAGGGAGGAGCUAGAGAAGGUCCGGGCAGAAGAGGAGAAGGUCCGACAGACCGUUCUGGCUGAGGAGAGGAGAAGAAGGACUCUGGAGGAGGAGAAGGAGAGGAAGUCGGAAUGUCUCCCCCCGGAGCCCUCAGCUGACCACCCUGACAGCGUCAAGAUCGUUUUUAAACUGCCCAAUGACACCCGAGUAGAAAGGCGCUUCCUCUUUGAGCAGUCGCUGACAGUAAUAUACGACUUCCUGUUCUCGUUGAAAGAGACUCCAGAGAAAUUCCAGAUAGUAACUAACUUCCCUCGCCGGGUCUUGCCCUGCCUCCCCACCGCGGAUCAGCCCAACCCCCCCAGCCUGAAAGAGGCUGGCCUCAGCCGUUCAGAGGUCCUCUUUGUUCAGGACCUCACAGACGAUUGACAUCUGGCCUGUCCACCACCUCCCUUCUCCAAUACGGAGGACACAACUGUUUUGUUUUUUUCCCCUUCCCCGUUCUUUUGUUGUUUAAUGGUCGUUGUGCACAACAAGGGAUCGUUGUGUGAGAUAUUGAAGCCGUAAUACUCUCUAACCCAGGAGUGAGCAGCUUGGAUCCUGUAGGGCUGUCCCACUUCCUCCUGCUAGUUGAUCACACUCGCUUGGGUGUCCCAGGUUUGAGUUAGCCGUCUGAUUAGGAGGACGACCGUAAGUGGGGCCCUCCAGAACCAGCCCCUGCUCUAACCCAAAGUCAUUUGGGUCCCCUCUCUGCCUGUACCACGUAGGCCCUGAUCCCUGCCUCUGCUCUCCCCCAGGUCAGAUUGGUUUUGUUUAAAUGGAGUGCGACGGCCCUCCCUGUACAUACGUUAGAUAUUUAAGAACAAGCCUAAAAAAAAAAAUCACUAUACCUAACUUUUGUUUUUGGCUUUUUUUUUCUUUUCUUUUUUUUUAAUGCAAUCGAAGUUGACUCUGUUAUUGUCAUGAAACGACCGAACAAAUGAGGGUUGGGUAUUCUGUUUUGACAGUCAACACCAACAAGUUGAGGCCACAGCUUUUCCAUGUGGCUUUCUAGAGUACAGUAGUCUGCCCAUAGUGUGCCUGUGGUGUUCCAUAGAUGCCUGUUUUGCCUGUAACAUCCGAAUGGGCCGGCCAUGUAAAGAUGUAAUUUUCCAACAGCUAUAAAUUAAACAUUUUAAAAUGU